UGGAGUGGGAAGUGAGUUCUCUCCUGAGCCCCACAGACUCUCCGUAGUGCUGGCAGACUUCUUCAAUUCCUUUUCUUGUUGUUGCUUUCCUUUCCUGUAUUAAUUGACUCCUAAAGACCUACAGCAGUGGGAAAAGCUUCUGAGAAGUCACAGCCUGGAGGAGCAAUUUAGGUCUUAAUUUUCAAAACUCUUCGGUCUGAGCUCUCCAGAUGGAGGAUCCCAUCCAGCUGAAGGAGGAGGGCAAUAAAUAUUUUCAGGCCAAUGACUACGAGAAAGCCCUUCAAAGCUACACUCAAGCCUUAAAGCUCAACAAGGACAAGGCGCUGCAGGCGGUGCUGUACAGGAACAGGGCAGCCUGCUUCCUCAAAAAGGAGGAAUACGCCAAGGCAGCCUCGGAUGCGUCUCGAGCUAUCGACAUCAACGCUUCAGAUAUCAAAGCCUUGUACCGGCGCAGCCAAGCUCUGGAAAAGCUGGGGAAGUUGGACCAAGCGUUCAAAGAUGCUCAGAAAUGCGCCACCAUCGAACCCCGCAACAAGAACUUCCAGGAGACCCUGAGGCGGCUGGGGGCCAACAUCCAGGAGAAGCUGCGCAUUCAGUUCUCCACGGACUCGAGGGUGCAGAAGAUGUUUGAAAUCCUGCUGGAUGAGAACAGCGAGAAAGAAAAGCGAGAAAAGGCUGCAAACAACCUCAUAGUCCUGGGGCGAGAGGAAGCAGGUGCCGAGAGGAUUUUCCAGAAUAACGGAGUCAACUUGCUGCUGCAGCUGAUAGAAACCAAAAAUCCUGAGCUGAUCCUGGCAGCCGUGAGGACACUUUCGGGGAUGUGCACAGGACAUAAGGCUCGGGCCACUGCCAUUCUCCAUUACCUGGGCAUCGACAGCAUUUGUAUGUGGAUGUCGGUAGACAACGAGGAAAUCUCCCUGGCUGUCUGCAACCUCCUGCAGACCAUCAUUGACUGCCUGCUGGGCCAGGGCAAAGAGGAGCACCACGGCAAGGAGGAGGCUGUUGUGUUAGAUACUAAGAAAGAUUUGAAGAUGAUCACAAUGCGUUUGCUGGAUAUGCUGGUCAGCAAGAGAGUGUCUGGGCAAGGGCGAGACAGAGCUCUCAACCUCCUCAACAAGAACAUACCGAGGAAGGACCUGAAAGACCACGACAACAGCAGGAGCAUCUUUGUCAUCGACAAUGGCUUAAAAAAGAUACUGAAAGUGGUGGGCCAGAUUCCUGAGAUGCCUGACUGCCUGCCCCUGACAGAGAACACCCAGCUGACUGCCUCUGUCCUCCUGAAUAAGCUGUACGAUGACCUGCGCUGCGACCCGGAGCGUGACAACUACCGGAUCAUCUGCGAGGAGUACAUCAAGAGCAAAAUCGACCCACAAGACAUGGAUAAGACACUCCAUGCUGUCCAGAUUGUGUCUGGAGUUCUGCAGGGGCCCUUUGACUUGGGCAACAAGCUGCUUGGCAUGAAGGGAGUGAUGGAGAUGAUGGUGGCCCUGUGUGGGUCCGAGAGGGAGAUUGACCAGCUGGUGGCUGUGGAAGCCCUCAUCCAUGCCUCCACCAAGCUGAGCCGAGCCACCUUCAUCAUCUCCAACGGGGUGAACCUCCUGAAGGAGAUCUACAAGAAGACCAAGAAUGAGAAGAUCAAAAUCCGAGCCCUGGUGGGUCUCUGCAAGCUGGGCUCAGCGGGAGGCACAGAUUAUGGCCUGCGGCAGUUUGCUGAGGGGUCCACUGAGAAGCUGGCCAGGCAGUGCCGAAAGUGGUUGUGCAACACCACCAUUGAUGCCCGCACCAGGAAAUGGGCUGUGGAAGGGAUGUCAUAUCUCACCCUCGAUGCAGAUGUGAAAGAUGACUUUGUUGAAGAUGAGCCAGCCCUGAAAGCUAUGUUUGAUUUAGCCAAGACAAGCGACAAGACCAUCUUGUACUCUGUGGCUUCUGCUCUGGUGAACUGUACCAACAGCUACGACACCAAGGAGCUGGUCCCAGAGCUGGUGCAACUGGCAAAAUUCUCCAAGCAGCACGUGCCUGAGGAGCAUCCAAAGGACAAGAAGGAUUUUGUGGUGAAGCGGGUGAAGCGGCUGCUGAAGGCCGGGGUGGUCUCUGCCCUGGCCUGCAUGGUGAAGGCAGACAGUGCCAUCCUGACAGACCAGACCAAGGAGCUCAUUGCCAGGGUGUUUCUUGCCUUGUGUGAAGACCCCAAGGACCGUGGGACCAUUGUCGCUCAGGGAGGUGGAAAGGCUCUGAUACCUCUGGCUGUGGAAGGUACAGAUGUUGGCAAGAUAAAGGCUUCUCACGCUCUGGCAAAAAUUGCUGCUAUCUCCAAUCCAGACAUUGCAUUCCCAGGGGAGAGGGUUUAUGAGGUGGUGAGGCCCCUCGUCAGCCUGCUGAACACAGAGAGAGAUGGCCUCCAGAACUACGAGGCUCUACUGGGUCUCACUAACUUUUCAGGAAGAAGUGAUAAACUUAGGUUGAAGAUAGUCAAAGAGAAGGCCCUGCCAGAUAUUGAAAACUACAUGUUUGAGAACCACGACCAGCUUCGACAGGCAGCCACCGAGUGCAUGUGCAACCUGGUGGUCAACAAAGAGGUUCAGGAGAGGUUUGUGGCUGAUGGAAACGACCGGCUGAAGUUGGUGGUGUUGCUGUGUGGGGAGGACGACGAGAAGGUCCAGGUUGCGGCGGCAGGAGCCCUGGCCAUGCUUACGGCAGCACAAAAGAAACUCUGCUCUAAGAUGACUCAAGUGACCACCCAGUGGCUCGAAAUCCUGCAGAGGCUCUGCUUGCACGACAACAUGGAGGUCCAGCACCGAGGCUUGGUCAUUGCUUUCAACUUAAUCAGCGCUGACAAAGAGCUGGCGAAGAAGCUGGUGGAGUCGGAGCUCCUGGAGAUCCUGACCUACGUUGGGAAGCAGGAGGAUCACCCCAAGAAGCAGCACGUCAUUAACGUGGCGCGUGAUUGCCUCACGAGGUGCAUGGAUUAUGGGCUGAUCAAACCCUUCUCUCAGGCAUGAGGAGGUGAAAAGCAACAAAAAAGGGCUGAGUGUGGGGGG